AUGGCAAACGACACGGCGUCAAAGUUCCCAAAGCCCCUGCUCAUGGAGCCAAACGACCACGACGAAUCUCUCGCCGACGAAUCGUCGCCCCUGCUGCUGCUCCCUCGCCUCUCGUCCCGCGGCGGCGGCGGCGGCUCUCCAACACAAUCAGAGUACACCGCGUGGCUCCAAGAAUCAUGGUUCCUGACAAAGGCCUCCGUGCCAGUCAUCCUGGCCUACAUGCUGCAAAACAGCUUGCAGACGGUCUCCGUGCUCGUCGCGGGCCGCCUCUCGUCCGAGGCCCUCGCCGUCGCCGCCUUCUCGUACAUGUUCGCCAUGGCGACGGCGUGGCUCAUUGCCCUCGGCGGGACGAGCGCCCUGGAUACGCUUGCGUCCAGCAGCUUCACGGGUUGCAAGGACAAGGGCAACUUGGGACUUCUCCUACAGCGAGGCUUACUCGUGCUGACGGCCUUUUACCUCGUGGUUGCCGUUGUAUGGACCUUUUCCGAACACCUGUUUCGCGCCCUGGGACAGCCGGAGGAGAUUUGCAUUCACAGCGCAAAGUUCCUGCAGUUGUUGGUCCCCGGCGGUCUGGGGUACGUGUGGUUCGAGUGCAUGAAGAAGUUCCUCCAAGCGCAGGGCAUCUACCGGCCGGGGACAUAUGCUCUGAUGAUAACCUCGCCGCUGAAUGCGGUGCUCAACUACGUUUUCAUUUACACUCUGGAUCUGGGGCUGUACGGUGCUCCCGUGGCGACUGGCAUCUCCUACUGGCUUUCCUUCCUCCUGCUGGUUGCGUACUCGGCCUUUGUCCAGGGCAAGGAGUGCUGGGGCGGGUUCAAGCCGAGGCAAGCGCUGUCAAACUGCGUGCCAUUCGCCAAGCUGGCGUUCCUGGGGGUCAUUCACGUCGGCACGGAGUGGUGGGCGUUCGAGAUUGUCGCCAUCGCCGCCGGUCGACUGGGGACCAUCUCCCUCGCCGCCCAGUCCGUCAUCAUGACGGCCGACCAAAUCAUCAACACCAUCCCCUUCGGGCUCGGCGUCGCAGAGUCCGCCCGCCUGGGCAACCUCCUCGGGGCCAAGGACCGGCGCGGCGCACGGCGCUCAGCGCACUGCGCGGCGAUACUCUCCGUCCUGCUGGGCGCCGUGAUGCUCACCGUGCUGCUCGCGACGCGCAACGUCAUCGGCGGGCUGUUCAACGAACACGACGAGCGCGUCGUCGCCCUCGUCGCCCACGUCAUGCCGUACGUCGCGCUCUUCCAGAUCGCCGACGGGCUGAACGGCAGCUGCGGCGGGGCGCUGCGCGGCAUGGGAAGGCAAUGGGUCGGCGCGCUGGUCAACUGCGUGAGCUACUACGGGGCGGCGCUGCCGGGGGGCAUCUAUCUGGCCUUUUACCGCGGAUGGGGGCUGGCUGGGCUGUGGUUGGGCCAGUGCGUCGCUCUGUCGCUCGUGGGAGCGUUGGAAUGGAUCGUGGUUGGCUUGAGUGACUGGGACUCUGAGGUUUGCAAGGCAGCUGAGAGGCUGAGAGAGGACGACGAUGUUAACAGGCAUUACAUGGACAGACACUCCAACUACUAG